ACCGUGUAACCAGAAUUGGACGUGUGCGUGAACUGGCUCAGCGAUGGCGUCCGGUUCAACCUUGCAGAAGGCGAUCGACAUCGUGACGAAGGCAACGGAGGAAGAUCGAAAUAAAAACUACGAGGAAGCGCUGCGCCUGUACGAGCACGGCGUAGAAUACUUUUUGCACGCGAUCAAGUAUGAAGCUCAGGGCGAUAAGGCGAAGGAUUCGAUCCGCGCGAAAUGCUUUCAGUAUCUGGAUCGGGCCGAAAAGCUGAAAGCAUACCUCAAGAAGGGCAAGAAGAAACCGGUGAAGGACGGGGACGGCGCUACGAAGGACGACAAAUCGAAAGGGAACGACAGCUCUGAUUCCGACUCGGACGAUCCGGAAAAGAAAAAGCUGCAGGCAAAGCUCGAAGGUUCGAUCGUGAUCGAAAAGCCGAGUGUUAAAUGGUCCGACGUUGCCGGGCUGGAAGGUGCGAAAACGGCACUGAAGGAAGCGGUCAUACUGCCGAUCAAGUUUCCCCACCUGUUCACCGGCAAACGAAUGCCGUGGAAGGGAAUUUUGCUGUUCGGGCCGCCCGGUACUGGCAAAUCGUACUUAGCGAAGGCGGUCGCAACGGAAGCCAACAAUUCGACUUUCUUUUCCGUGUCCAGCUCUGACCUCGUAUCCAAGUGGCUCGGCGAGUCGGAAAAGCUCGUCAAGAAUCUGUUCGAGCUCGCCCGCUCCCACAAACCAUCCAUCAUCUUUAUCGACGAGGUCGACUCACUGUGUUCCGCCCGGUCGGACAACGAAAGUGAAAGUGCGCGCCGCAUCAAGACGGAGUUUCUCGUGCAGAUGCAGGGCGUGGGCAGCGACAACGAUGGUGUACUAGUGCUCGGCGCUACCAACACACCGUGGAUACUGGAUUCCGCUAUCCGGCGCCGGUUCGAGAAGCGCAUCUACAUCCCGCUGCCGGACGAGCACGCGCGGCUGGUAAUGUUUAAGAUCCAUCUUGGCAACACCGCCCACACACUGACCGAGGACAAUCUGCGUGUGCUGGCAAGCAAAACGGACGGGUUUUCCGGCUCGGAUAUUUCGAUUGUGGUACGCGAUGCGCUUAUGCAACCAGUCAGAAAGGUGCAGACGGCGACACACUUUAAAAAGGUGAGCGGCCCAUCCCCGGUGGACAAGAAAACGAUCUGUGACGAUCUGCUGGUACCGUGCAGUCCCGGUGAUCCCGGUGCGAUCGAGAUGACGUGGGUGGACGUACCGGGGGAUAAGCUGUUCGAGCCACCGGUCACAAUGAAUGAUAUGCUGAAAUCUCUGGCCAGUACGAAACCAACCGUCAACGAGGACGACAUGAAAAAGUUGGACAAAUUUACCGAGGACUUUGGACAGGAAGGUUAAAGCGUGGGAAAGGGAGU